UUAGGUUUCUACAAACACAACCGGGCAGUAAGUGUGUGUGUGUGUGUGUGUGUGUGUGUGGAAGAGAGAAGGAAGGAGAAGAAGAAGCCGUGUGGGAUGUGACUGACUCAGUACCGGAGCAGGUGUAGAGCUGAGGGGAGGCUGCUGCUGUGUUGACAAUGGCAACGUCGAGUACCAAGAAAAUCUCAUGGAAACUGCAAGAUGUGGUGGCCCACCCCAGCAACGUGUCUUCCCUGGUGUUGGGUAAAGCAUCGAGUCGUCUGUUGGCUACAGGAGGAGAGGACAGCCGAGUCAACAUCUGGGCCGUCAACAAGCCUAACUGCAUCAUGAGUUUGACGGGUCACACGAGCCCUGUGGAGUGUGUCCAGUUCAGUACCUCAGAGGAGCAGGUGGUAGCAGGGUCUCAGUCAGGCUCUCUGCGGAUCUGGGACCUGGAAGCUGCUAAAAUAUUUCGGACACUGAUGGGUCACAAGGCUAACAUCUACAGUGUCGACUUUCACCCGUUUGGAGAAUACUUGGCAUCUGGGUCCAUGGAUACUAACAUUAAGUUAUGGGACGUGAGAAGGAAAGGGUGUGUGUUCAGGUAUAAGGGUCACACUCAGGCAGUGCGUUGUCUGGCUUUUAGUCCUGAUGGAAAGUGGCUCGCUUCGGCCAGUGAUGACAGCACCAUCAAGCUUUGGGAUUUAACAGCUGGGAAGAUGAUCACAGAGUUCACGGCGCACACAUCAGCUGUUUCCGUUGUUCAGUUCCACCCGAACGAGUACCUUCUGGCCUCAGGGAGUGCUGACAGAACCAUAAAGUUAUGGGAUCUGGAGAAAUUCAAACUGAUUGGCUCAUCAGAGGGUGAAACAUCUGGAAGGUGUGUGUUGUUUAGCCCCGAUGGUAGCUGUUUAUACAGUGGCUCAGAUGACACUUUGCGUGUAUAUGGCUGGGAGCCAGACUGCUGUUUCGAUGUGGUGCCUGUAGGCUGGGGCAAAGUGGCCGACUUUGCAAUCUGUAACAGUCAAAUGAUCGGAGUGUCGUGCAGUCAGAUGAAUGUGAGCUUGUAUGUGGUGGAUCUGGACCGAGUGAAGAAAUCCGGACCUGUCCAAGAUCAAAUUCCGGGUGCAAAGACACGUGCCACACCCAUUCCUAUAGGAGCGUCACUACGGCGUAACUACGAGCGUCCCACCACGUCCUGCAGCAGGCAGAAAAUGAAGCAGAAUGCAGAUGCAGACAGAUGUGAGGGUGAGAGGCGGAGCCCUAGCAGUGAGGAUGAGCGCGAUGACGAGAGCAAAGCAGAAAUCACAAACCCAGAUGAUUAUAAGUUGAUCUUUCAGCCGCACAAUGUGAUCUCACGAACACCUCCCAAAAUGGGUGAACCCUUCCCUGCACCGCUGGUAGACGAAGGUUUCCCGGUGAAGCCCCACUUGCCGGAAGAAAUCGUCACUACGUUGCCUGAUCCACUGAAGGAUCCCAGUUCGUCCCCCACUGUAGUGACCACAGCUCCGUCCCAGCCCGUUGCCACGGUAACACCGUCAGUCUCAAGGCACGUUGUUACCACAUCCAAGCUCAAACCCGGAUCAGCCGUUAGCCCCUCCGCACAGAUUGAGCCGCUCAACCGUAUCUUUGGGGAUAUUUUACAAUCUCGGCCGAGCGGAAAGCCCAGUGUUGCAACAGAUGAAGAGGCAUUGGGUCAGAUCAGAAAAGGCCACGGCACCAUGUGUGUGAUGUUGACUAGCAGACACAAAAACCUCGACACGGUGCGGGGAUUCUGGGCCGGUGGUGACGUCAAGAUAUCGCUGGAUUCCGCCGUGUCCAUGAAUGAUUUGUCCAUUGUGGUGGACAUCCUUAAUAUAAUCAACCUCAAACCGCCUCUGUGGAAACUCGACACCUGCCUGUCCAUCCUGCCUCAGCUUGAAGAGCUUCUACAGAGUAAAUAUGAAAGUUAUGUGCAGACUGGAUGCAUGUCUUUGAAGUUAAUUUUGAAGCGCUUUUGGCCACUGAUCUCAGAGACACUGACUGCGCCCCCUUCUGUCGGAGUGGAUAUUACACGUGAAGAGAGGCUUCAGAAGUGUAAGGCAUGCUAUAAGCAGCUGAAGAAGCUCAAAAAUAUAGUCAAGAACCGCGCAGAUCAAGUCGGUCGACACGGCAGUACUUUCAGAGAACUGCAGCUACUUAUGGCUCCUCUGGACUUCUAACACACAUAUACACACACUCUCUCUUUAUUGUGUAGAAUCACACACAGAUUAGAUUCAGUACACACUCUUACUCUGCAAAACACUCACCCUGAUAAGACUGACGAGGAGGUGAUGGUGAUGUACAGUGUAUAUUUACUAAACUGCUCGUUUGGUAGGUCCUUUUUUCUGUAAUUACUUUUAAAUAAAGAACAUGGACUUUUUCUUUUUCAAAGAAAAUACAAUAAUUAUUUUCUAAUUUGUAAAUAAUGGUUGUUUCAGGUGUUUAAAAUUAAGUUUUUCAUUAGUUUUUUAUUACGAACAUUUCUGGAACAAAUGUUAUGCAUACAAAAUGUUAUUAAAAUCUUUUACAAAUAAAUAAGCAAUUAAAGCACAUUUAGGAUGUGAUGAUUCAAAGGUUUCAUCAUUAGUAACCUCAGAAGCCAAAGGACUGACUCUAGCCACAGGCUUGCUGAUCUCCAACGAUGCAGGGUUGAUGAUCCUGUGCCACAGAUAUCCUCAGAGUGGAACCUGACGUGGUCUUCUGCUCUUUAAUCAGGUAGAAAUUUUGAGGUUCAGUUUCCUGGCGAUGCUGAAAUGAUUUUCUGCUCAGCAUGUUUAAGAGUCACCCACCCCAACACACACACACACACUACUCUGUUCAGGGCAUCGGCGGCUCAGUGGACAGUGAGUGCACUCUUUGACACUGAACCUCUGUCUCAUGUCUCAUUAGUAUUUCUUUCCUAACUAUUGCUGUAUGGUGUUAUGGUGGACCCGGUAAAUCGUACUGUACAAUCAGUGUGAAGUUGGAGGUUUAACCCGGGUUCAAUUCCAGCCAACGCCCAAACCCCAGCCUAUGGAUGCAGCGCCGGUCCCAAUACUGGAUAAAAUGCGAAUGUUGCAUCAGGAAGGGCAUUUGGAGUAAAACUCGUGCCAAGUUGCUGUGAGGAUCACAUUGUCCCCUGUGUGGUACUUAACCAGCCUGUCUAGUACCAAUCCAUGUCACGGUUAAAGACGGAGACAUAACACAGAUCAUCUGCAGCUAAAACUGUAACUGAAACUCUUGGCCUGUAGCUGGAGCCGUUUCUGUAUUGUGCUGCUGUCACAUGAUCAGCUGAUGUUCCUAAUAAAGUGGACAGUGAGUGGA